AUGUCCCUCGCUAACCUGUACUCCUCAAUCGUUGAUCUUCAGAAUGCCUCCAAGACUUGGAUAGUUCAAAAGUUCGGUGGUACUUCCGUUGGUAAGUUCCCAGAGAACAUAGUGGACGAUAUAGUUCAAGUGAAUAGUAAAAACAACCGUGUUGCAGUGGUGUGUUCCGCUAGAUCAUCCCACACCAAGAGUGAAGGUACUACCACAAGGCUCAUCAGAGCUGCCGAUUUGGCAAUAGAAGAUGGUGACUACAAGUCUUUAUUAUCAGUUAUCGAAAAGGAUCACAUUGACAACGCCCGCUUGAAGAUCCAGGACUCCCAAAUCCAGGAAAAGUUGGUUGCUGAUACCGUAGCUGAGUUAAGAAGAGCUGACGAGUUGUUAAAGGCAUGCCAGGUCAUUGGAGAGAUUAGUGCAAGAACUUCUGACUUGAUCAUGUCCAUCGGUGAGAAGUUGUCUUGUUUGUUCAUGGCUGCAUUGAUGAACGAUAGAGGUGCCAAGGCUGUAUACAUAGAUCUCAGUGAGGUUAUUCCCUUGGACUAUGACUUCACCAAUGGGUUCAAUGACAAGUUCUACUCUUUCUUAUCUAAGGAGCUCGCCUCCAAGGUAUUGCAGUUGGAAGACGAAGAUGUCAUCCCUGUGUUGACUGGUUACUUUGGUACUGUCCCAGGUGGUCUUCUUAACGGUGUCGGAAGAGGUUACACCGAUUUGUGCGCAGCAUUGGUUGCUGUUGGCACUCAGGCGGAGGAGUUACAAAUCUGGAAAGAAGUCGACGGUAUCUUCACAGCAGAUCCUAGAAAGGUGCCUAAUGCCAGACUCUUGGAAAGUGUCACUCCCGAAGAAGCUGCUGAAUUGACCUACUACGGCCUGGAGGUUAUCCACCCAUUCACCAUGGAACAAGUCAUCAAGGCUAAGAUCCCAAUCAGAAUAAAGAACGUUAUAAAUCCAAAGGGUUGUGGAACCAUCAUCUACCCAGACAACGUUGGAAGAAGAGGUGAAGACACCCCACCACACCCACCAGUGGCAUACGAGACAUUGUCUCAACAGUAUAUCACUUCGCAUAAGAAGCGUUCUGCUACAGCCAUCACUGCCAAGCAGGACAUUGUCGUCAUCUCUGUGCAUUCCAACAAAAAGACAUUGUCCCACGGGUUCCUUGCACAUCUCUUCACCACGUUGGACAACUUUAAGUUGGUUGUCGACUUAAUAUCCACAUCUGAAGUGCACGUUUCCAUGGCACUUCUGGUCCAGGCUGACCAAGAAAGAAGCUUGAAGAACGCAAUCAAGGAACUACAGAAAAUGGGAACAGUUGAACUCACUCGUAACAUGACCAUUAUCUCCCUUGUUGGGAAGCAGAUGGUGAAUUUCAUUGGCAUCGCAGGAAACAUGUUCAAAGUGUUGGCAGAUGAGAAGAUAAAUAUAGAAAUGAUCAGUCAGGGUGCUAAUGAGAUCAACAUCUCUGCUGUUAUUAACGAGAAGGACACGUUAAGAGCUUUGAAAUCGAUCCAUGCCAAGUUAUUAGAAGGUAAAUAUGAACUCGAGGAAACCCAAAGCGCCAUCGACCUCAGGUUAGAAGCAUUAAAGCUUCAAUAA